AUGGUAUGGAGCAACCAGUUUCGCGAUUUCUUGAACGGUGAUUUUGUGUGGAUCGAACCGGCAGAAAGGGAAGGAAUUGCAGUUGGUGGGCGAGUUUUGGACCACGAUCAUGGUCGUAUGAAAAUCGUUGAUGAUUUUGGAGAGGAGCGUUGGCUGUCCACAGAUCAACGGGUUCGACUCAUGCAUCCGGCAUCGGUGCAGGGUGCAGAGGACAUGGCUAUGUUGGUCGACUUCCAUGAGAGCGCCAUCCUCAGGAACGUUCUCAUUCGAUUUCGUGAGAAUCUUAUCUAUACAUACAGCGGUUCGAUUUUGAUCGCAGUAAACCCAUAUAUGAAUAUUCCGAUAUACACGGCUGAGCAGAUUCGAAUGUAUAAGCGCAAAAGAAUCGGUGAACUGCCACCGCAUAUCUUCGCCAUCGCCGACAACGCCUACCGGAACAUGAGGAGUCUCGGCAGAAAUCAAAGCGUUGUCAUCUGUGGAGAAUCCGGUGCUGGAAAAACCGAAUCGACAAAAUUAAUACUACAGUUCUUAGCGGCUACUAGCGGUCAGCAUAGUUGGAUUGAACAACAAGUUCUUGAAGCAAAUCCCAUCCUCGAAGCAUUUGGAAACGCGAAGACAAUGCGUAAUGACAACUCUUCCCGAUUCGGAAAAUAUGUUGAAGUUCAUUUCAAUUCGGCCGGUUCAAUUGAAGGAGCCCGGAUUCAGAAGUACUUGCUGGAGAAGUCGCGCAUUAUUGCCCAGUCGAAGGGUGAGAGGAAUUAUCACAUUUUCUAUUGCAUUCUUGCCGGACUCUCAAGUGAAGAAAAACGCAAUUUCGAGCUCGGUCGACUAUCUGAUUACUUCUACCUAACACAGGCAAAAUUGACGAUCAGAUCAUUAAAGGGUAAAAGUUUUGUGGCGGAUGGACGUGACGACGCCGCAGAUCUAGAAGAAAUUCGUAGCGCAAUGAAAAUGCUGCUUUUCAAGGAGGCGGAAAUUCGGACCAUCAUUCAAGUACUUGCAGCUAUCCUUCACAUAGGCAACAUUAAGUAUAGAAGUACUGUGGUCGAUACUAUUGAGGCAGUGGAGGUCAGUGAUGAGGCGAAUGUUGCCAGGAUUGCAAGACUACUUCAGAGGAGAGUCGAGUCAAAUAACGGAAAAUUUGGUGCUGGUGGUGCUCAUUGUCCUGCUUUCAGAGCAAACACAUGGCUGCUAAUCGGGACACAAACACCAUUUUGGGGGAAGCGGCAUAAUUCAUGGUUCCAUGGUUCCAGGCCUCGAAACGAUCCGUCACAGAGGCAUUCAAUCGGCGUGUUGGACAUCUUUGGCUUUGAACACUUUGAAAUCAACAGUUUCGAACAGCUUUGCAUCAAUUACGCCAACGAAAGUCUUCAGCAGUUCUUCGUACAGCAUAUAUUCAAAAUAGAGCAGGCCGAAUACAAUCAAGAGCAAAUUAAUUGGCGGCAAAUGAAAUUCGUUGACAAUCAGGAGACGUUGAAGCUCAUCGCCGGCAUUCCGAUGAACAUCUUUUCUUUAAUUGACGAAGAGAGCAUUUUUCCCAAGGGGACCGAUCAAUCUAUGCUAGAAAAAUUGCACUCUACUCAUUCAAAUGCGUCGCUGUAUUUGAAACCAAAAUCCGAAUUACAAAAAUCGUUUGGAGUGAAGCACUUCGCUGGUGCUGUUUUUUACCACACAAAAGGUUAG